UGGACAAGCAGCAGAACUGUUGUGGCACUUAAAUGAAAACACGAGGAAACGAAUCUUAAGUGGAGUAGUGAAACCUAUCCCUGGAGAUAUUUUGACCCAUCCUCUCAGAAUUAAAAAAAGCUCAGUCGGCUGGUACAGUUACCCCAAAGCCAACGCGUUUGUAUGUGCUGUUUACCCACUGGUGCUAGUUUUCCACACAAAGGUACGUGCAGACAUGCAGAGAGUGGGGUCUCUGAAAAGCUGCUGGCAGCUGCUGAAGUUAAGCUGUGAAGGAGCAGCAAUAAAAGCAAACACCUCGUCUUUCACCUCAAGGAAUUACACUCAUGGCCCCAGCUCCUUCGGCCUCCUCUUCGACAUCGAUGGGGUGCUGGUACGAGGCAGGACGCCCAUCCCCGAGGCCAAACAGUGCUUCAGGGACCUGGUGGACUCCAAUGGGAAAUACAAGGUUCCUGUUGUGUUUGUCACCAACGCAGGGAACUGCGUGAGGCAGAAGAAAGCUGAGCAUCUGUCACACCUGCUGGAGGUCGAGGUGUCUCCAGACCAGGUGAUGCUGUCCCACAGUCCUUUGCGAAUGUUUACCCAGUUUCACAAAAUGCGCGUGCUGGUCUCAGGACAGGGUCCUGUUGAGGAGGUCGCACACAACCUGGGCUUCGAGGAUGUGGUUACUAUAGAUAUGCUCAGAGAGGCAUACCCUGUCCUAGAUGUUGUGGACCACAACAGAAGACCCAAAGACAGUAUUCCACCGACUAAAGGUUUACCAUGCAUAGAUGCUGUUAUCUUAUUUGGAGAGCCAAUCAGGUGGGAGACAAACCUCCAGCUUAUCGUUGAUGUACUUCUAACUAACGGAAACCCAGGCAACUCCUGGAACUCAAUACAGUAUCCCCACAUCCCAGUUCUGGCCUGUAACAUGGACCUGCUGUGGAUGGCGGAGGCAAAGAAUCCAAGGUUCGGCCACGGUAUGUUCCUGGUGUGCUUGGAGAGCCUGUAUAAGAAAGUCACAGGCUAUGAUCUGAAGUACGAAGCUCUGAUCGGUAAACCCAGUGUGGUGACUUAUAACUAUGCCGAGCUGUUAAUAAGACAGCAGGCUGAGAAGCUUGGUUGGACCACACCUGUGAAGAGGCUGUAUGCCAUAGGUGAUAACCCCAUGGCUGACAUUUACGGCGCCAACCUCUACAAUCACUACCUCCAGGCCUCUCAUCGUACCAAGGCCCAAUUGCAAGCCAAGCGCAGUGGAGGAGCUGUGGAUACCAUGGCACUAGAUGCUGACGACACUCUUAAAAUGACAUCGGCAGAACUAGGUGGAGCAACGGGUGCACAUGUUUCAGAGAAGGACCUGCCUGAGGAGUGCUGCUCCAUCCUGGUGUGCACAGGGGUGUACAGCAGAGACCAGCAGGAGCUGCCCUCGGAUCCAGCACAAACGGUCACCGAGCAGCGCAUCUUCCACGGUCACAGGGACUUCCGCUUUGAGCCCACCCUCACACAGCCGUCCUUCGUGGUGCAGGACGUAAAGGAUGCGGUGGAGCUGGUGUUCCAGCAGGAAGGCUGCCCCCUGAAGCACUAAGAGUGUCAAGAGUCUCUCAGAGUGUGGCUACAUCCCACCACUCCCUGGUCUAACCCUGAACUGAUUGAAACAGUUAUUGUGAGUGUAUUUGUUUGUUUUUUUCUUUUUACUACCUUGACUAUUGCAGGGCAAAUAUGUGGUUUUUAUCACAAAAUAGAUUCAAAUCAACUUUUUUUUAAAAGCAGGAAUGUGCAGUUUUAACCCUAAAAUAUGAAGUCGAGGGUAGUUUUGACACUGUUGCACAGUUGUUUUUACAUAUAUUUUCAAAAUAAUAUUUUUUUAACUACACAUAAUAUGCAUAUAAAGGCUGUAUUUGAACCGUCCACUUGUUUGUUCGUUUGCUCACUUGCUCAUUAUAUAGCAAGCUCUGUAUAGAGGCCUCCGUAGGAGAUAGGGUGAGCAGCUGACACCAGCAGGGACAUCCAUGCUACAUCUGGGGUGAUGGACAACACAGGUUUGUUGUUUUUGGCUUAGACAAACACUGAUUCACAACACUGAUAUAACGUUUUAUGAUUAACCUGCACACACACUAAAAAACUCUUGCUGCACUGUAUCAACCUGCACAGGCCUGUGCUACAGCUUUAACUAUACACAUGCUCACUAUAAUAAUUAAUACCAUUUAAUAUUUACUCAUGGAAAGCAAAAAUAUUUGACAAAGCAAAGCCAUGUUUUUUUUUUUUAAAACAAGGCACAGUGGCCUCAGUUGCAGUUUGCAUACACACAUUUCAAAAGUGAGUUACAUUGCAUUCCCAAUACAUUCACAGCAAGCAAAACAUUUCAAAUAUACUUCUGGGACAUAAGGCAACUAUUUUUUCAUCUCAGGUAGAAAAGGAAAUAACAAACUUAACUCUAGAGCUGCUGGCUUCAGGCCACAGUGCAUGGUGGUCUCAUUUGAAUAAUUUAGUGCACAGGAUAUUUAUACAAGCUUUAGCUCUCUACUUGGUGAGUUUGAAGUGCAUUUUAUAGUAGAUAAAAUAGUGGACUGAAUUAUCAGCAACUGGACACUUUGAACUCUGCCAAGGACUUGUAAAUGUAAGUUGUCCAUUUGCCUUUGUAGAUCUCACAUGAGCUCUACAAGAUAUUUUAUAACACAUAAAUUAUGUGUUAUAUAAAUUCUUUUUUUGCUUGUGUUUACUGCAAUAAGAGUUUUUAUGUUAAUACUUUUACGAAGCAGGUAUACAGUUGUGGGAUCGUCAGAUAUUUUUUCAGAAGGCCCUUUAAAAACACAAAAGCUGCACCAAGUGCAAUAGCACUUGAGGUUCAAAUGAAAACUGAUUUAAUUUUAUAAACUGCAGUUUACGUCACUCAGUCACCUUAUCUCUUUAAGUCUAUGCACCAUCUGUGGGUCCUUUUUGGUUUUACUGCUGUCAUAUUCCAGCCUGAUUGGUUGUUAAGAAUGAAUGUGAAACUACUUAUUCUUCAGAGAUUAAUGUUCCGUUCAGCCCCAGUAAAGUCCAAUCAGGAAAAUGUUUUUUAAAAAGUAUAUUGUUUGUUUUUAAGAUUUGCAUGCGUGUGACAGAGAAAGAAAAGAUUAAACUGUAAAAGUUUUCAUAUUGAUGAAAAAAAGAUAUAUUUUUCAAGCCGUGACAUAGAAAUCUUGGAGGACUGGUUAAUUUCUGUUUAGGAUUGUGUUGCAGCACCACUGAAAGCUUAUUCUGAUAGCUUAUAUUUGUAACUGAAGGUGUAACAGAAUGACUGUAACUUAAAUUGCACAAUAAUAAUGUACUGUUAAAGCUACAUAGUCAGAAAGAAUAAUAAAAUGAUGAAAGACA